AUGAGUCAGUUCGACAACGACAUUGAGCCAAACAUUAUUGAUGAUAAAAUGGUUCAGAAAGCCAUUGAGGAGCUGUGUCCAGAGGACUUGAAGCUUGCUAGAAGGGAAGCUAUUAACUUUAAGGAUGUCACGGAGCUACAGCUCAGUUUUAGAAAUAUCCUGCAGAUUGAUAGUCUCUGGCAGUUUGAGAAUCUGACUAAACUGCAGCUGGACAACAACAUCAUUGAGAAGAUAGAAGGUCUGGAGAGUCUGGUUCAUCUUGUGUGGCUUGACUUGUCCUUCAACAAUAUUGAGGUAAUCGAGGGCCUGGAUACCCUUGUCAGGCUGCAGGACCUCAGCCUCUCCAACAACAGAAUAUCUAAACUUGAGCACAUGGACACCUUGCAAGAGCUGCAGAUUUUCUCCAUUGGCAAGAAUAACCUGACCACUCUGGAAGAUGUGGUGUAUCUCAGGAGGUUUAAAAGCCUACGCACGCUGAAUCUCAUGGGGAACCCUCUCUGUGAGGAGGAGCGCUACACGCUCUUUGUUGUUGCUCAUCUUCCAGCUCUGGUGUACUUGGACUUCAAGCUCGUGAAUGACAGCACACGAGAAGCUGCACUUCUGAAGUAUCAGCAUCUCACUGAGCUACUGGAACUUGAGGAGGCUGAGGCCCUGGCUCAGCUGAAGGAAGAGCAGGCCAAGCAGAAGGAGCUGGAGCACCACACAGCAGCCUUUGUGGAGCACCUGAAUGGCUCAUUCCUGUUUGAGGAUCUCUAUGCAGACGAUCCAGAAGCUGCCAAACUGGCAUACCUCCCUGGCGUGGGUGACCUGCUGCAGACAUACAGGGAGGAGUUUGUCUUGGUUUGCAAGAACCUGUUUAACUAUGGUCUGCAAGAGCAUGAAAAACGAGAAGCUGAAGUCUCCAGUUUCUGUGAAUGCCUUCAUGAAGCAUUAAUGGCCAACCAGCGAGACAACAGGAAAAUCAUCCUCGACUUUGAGAGCCGCAACAAAAGGAGGCUGGAUGAGAUUCAUAAUGCCAGUAGCUACGAUAUUGCUGAGUCCAAACGAGCCGAGUCCAAGGAGGACAUACUUCAGCUGUCAGAAGCACUCAUGACCUUGGAAAUGCUGAUAACUGACCAGCUGGAGGAACUCAUAAAGGAUUUUAAGAGAAACACUGCUGAUAUAGCAUCAACCUUCAAUGAAAACGUUAAAGGGCUAAUGACCCAGUGCCGGGACCUGGAGAACCGUCACCACGAAAGGCUGCUGGAGAUCUGCAUCACCACACUGGAGAAAUCCGUCAAGGAUGAGCUUGAAGAGGAUUUGCCAGAUGAUGUUCGAACGCUCCUGGUGGACAAAACCACCAUUGUCAAGGCACUCAACGCGUCCCAUGGCAUCCGCCUGCUGAAGAUUAACAAGCGAGAGAGCGACAUCCUCUGCAGCACCUACCGCUGGCAGGCCUCCGUGACAGAGAAGGCUUUCCAAACCGAGAUCGACAGAAACCGAGAGUGCAUCAAAAAGAUCAUUCAGUACAUCGACACUCUGCAGGAGGAGCUGGAGAACAUCACCAUCAUGGAGCCAAUGCAGUAGGUCUGCCACGGGCUGGGGUCACACAGGACAGCCCCCCCAGCAGGGAAGGCUGCCCCUCUGUGCCCAAGCUGCCUGGGACAUUCCAGGCCUGACACGUCCCACCAUAAACUGCAAAUAAAUGAUCCUUUUAGCCUGGAAAAGGAGAUGAAGCUCUGCCUCUUCCAUCAUGUUGGCAUGAAGCCCACACAGACAGAGCUCAGACCUGGUCACAAGGGGUUAUGGAUCAGCUCUGAGCUGAUUGAACCAAAUCAUCAUAGCAUCUCAUGCCUGAAAGCUUUGCUACCUGCAGGCGCAGCAGCAGGAACCUGUGAGCCACCGACACGCAGCAGCAGCCUGGGAGAGGAGAGCUCUCCAUCAAACCACCCCCAGGAUCACAGCAGGUUUCCAGCUCAGCAAGCACAGGGCUGGGGGGUGUGGGGGGCUCUGCAUGCCCGGGAGCCUUGUCUUGUCUUCUCACCGCCUCUCGCCCAAGCAGCUUUCUGCAGCGUGAGCAGAGCAGCCCCCAGCCAGCAGGAAGGGAAAUCGAUGGUUCCACAGGAGCUCACACACCGCCGCGCGCAACAGCCGAGCCAGGACUCAUUAAUUCCCCUCCUUGCUCGGUGACAGCAGCUGCUCUGCCGGCCUGUGGGCAGCUUCUGAGCAGUGCUGGUGGCCAGGGCGGUGCUGCUGGAGGCAGGCAGCAAGGAGAAAGGUGGGAAGGUUAAACGAGAGGGUGGCUGCCAAGGCGUGCCGAGGAGAGCCUGGGUCGCUCCAAAAGCCCCGUGGCUGGCGCUGCUGCCACACACAGCCUGAGCUGCUCCUACCCUGUGCUUGUGGAGAUG